GCUAGUCGAAUUUUAAAGAGGCUGUUUUAGGAUCAAACAAAACCUUCCAAGAUGUCAUCGUCAAACAAUAAGAUGAAAGGCCUGUUAAAAGGCCUUAGAUACAUUUCUGAAAUAUUUGAAAAUGAAAAAGAGCCUGAAAUGCAGAUUGGUCUGCCAACAGAUGUGAAGCAUGUGGCUCAUAUAGGAUGGGAUGGUCCAUCAGCAGUAAAAUCUGCACCCAGCUGGAUGAAUGAGUUUAAAUCAACUCCUGCCAAUAAUGGAGAAGCUCGGGAGGAAGGUCCUAUGAAAUCGGUCUCUCAAGCAACAGAGACGACAGACAUGCCUAAAUCAUCAAAACGUGGUUCAUCUUCAACUAGAAACGGUCCUACAGGAGAGUCUACAGGGAAGGAAAAAUCAGAUAAGCCCAAGAAUCCAAAGAAGAGUUCCAAGGCCAAUUCUUCAAAGGAAACUUCAGAUAGCACCUCAAAGCCCAAGAAAAAGCCAAAGGAACACAAGGAGCCAAAGGAUUCGAUCGAUUCCGACAACAAGAAGAAAAGUAGUCGACGAAAGAAGUCGAAAGAAUGCGUUGAGGGAUCCUCCAGGCGGUCCAAGACCAGGGACAUGGAUACUGGAUCCGAGUCAGGGUCUGUGGCUGGAAUCCGAGAGGAACAACUAAGUACUGGUUCAGGUUAUGAAGGGGAAUUCUGAGGGGAAAUUAUUAAACGUUGAUGCCCAUUGUUUUUGGUUGUACAUUGUAAAACACUGAUAGCUGCUAGCUAGAGACUCCCAUUUGCUUUAGUAGAAACCAAAUUCUUUCUUUUUCUUUUUUUGUUUCUUUUUCAUUUUUGAGGAAACCUAACAUUUUACUACGAAAAGAGCUCCAUUGGAAUUAAUUGUUGAAA